GCUUUCCAACCCAUGGCAAAUUGUGCAAAGAAGGUAAUAAGGGAUAAUGGAUAUGCAGAAAAUAUUCAGCUUAUCAGCAAACGAUCAACAGAAUUGAGUGUUGGACCAGAUGGUGAUAUGAGGGAGAAAGCCAAUAUUCUUGUAACAGAAGUAUUUGACACAGAACUGAUUGGUGAAGGUGCUAUACACACUUUCGCUCAUGCUUUGGAAAACUUGUUAGAGAAAGAUUCUAUUGUUGUGCCAGUCUCAGCAGUGGUGUAUGCCCAGGUUGUCCAGUCUGAGAAGGUAUUGAAAUGGAAUCGACUUCAGCCACUACAUGUUGCUGAUGGAAUAGUCAUUCAGCCACCCUCAGAUGUACAGUCUUGUGCAGGAGCAGCAGCAAUUCACGAUAUCCAACUUAACCAGUUAAAAACUUCAGAUUUUAAGUGUUUAAGUGAUCCAGUUCCUGUCUUCAGGUUUGACUUCUCUGGUAAGACACCCCUAAAGUUUGAUGAUAUGUCUGUGUCCAAGUUUCAAGCUCAACACGGUGGAUCUUGCCAAGCUGUCUUUAUGUGGUGGGAACUUCAGAUGGAUGUGGAAGGAGAUAUUCUCUUAAGUUGUGCUCCUCAUUGGGCACAUCCAGAACCUACCUCAUUACAGUGGAGAGACCAUUGGAUGCAAGCUGUUUAUUACCUACCUCAAGAGAUAAAUGUCCAUAAAGGAAACCAGAUGAACUUGUGUGCGUUUCAUGAUGAAUACAGCCUUUGGUUUACCGUCAAUAAGCCUAAUCAUGAUUCCAACAUUAUUGAAAGACCCGUAUGUUCAUGUGGAGCUCACAUAGCUUCAAGUAGAAUGAGGAUAGGAAUGCUGAAUAAUUCAUAUCGGUACCAGCAGUAUGCAAAGGCCCUUGAAAGAAUGAUUUCUCCAAAAAGUGUCUGUCUGUGUCUUGGUGAUGAAAACUUGCUUCCUCUUAUAGCAUCUAAACUAGGAGUUUCAAAGGUGUUCACAGUUGAAAACCAAGCUUUCUGUCAUAGAGUAAUACUGAAUUAUAUUGAAGCCAAUGACCUCAAAGAGAAAAUCAGAAUUUUAACAAAGUCACCUGAAGAUUUAACCAGUGAAGACUUGAGUGGAGAAAAGGUAGACUUGUUAUUAGCUGAACCAUUUUUCUCAACCAGCCUACUACCAUGGGAUUGUCUACGCUUCUGGUACUUGAGAUCUACUCUUUCACAGAUUUUAAUAGACCCCAACCACAUCCUUCCUCGUAAAGUGACUCUUAAAGGUUUAGGAGUCCAUUUUCUUGACCUGUGGAAGAUUCGUGCCCCUGCAGGCAAAGCUGAAUCAUUUGACUUGACAGCUUUUGACAAACUAAUUGAGUCAUCAUCAGAAAUCAGUGAUGCCAAUGUGGAGCCUCAGCCACUCUGGGAAUAUCCAUGUGUAGCUCUGACUCAUCCAUUUGAUGUUUUUGUCUUUGAUUUGGUGCAUCCAAUGAAGUGUGAGAUUAUGCAGAAUUGCAGUGAAGUGCAGUUUGCCAGUGAUGGAACAUGUAAUGGUAUUGCUCUCUGGGUGGACUAUGAACUGGAUACUGAUAUUCACCUAACCACUGGUCCUCAGUGUGACAUUUGUCCUGGUCAUCCAGUGGAGUGGGAUAUGUACACAAAGCAAGGUGUACAUCUACUGAGAUCACCAGUCAUUGUAAAAGAUCCUUCUCAGAAUACCAUCAAAUAUUGUGCUGUGUUCUCUCCAAGUGAUGGCACUCUCACUUUUAAAUUUGAAAUGAACAAAAUUACAAGUACUGCCUGAUAGAUGGAACUUUUUUUUAGCACUGUACAUUAUCCAGAUAUUUGUUCUUAUAAAAUAAACUAGAACACAAUUAUUUUUGCUCGUGUUAUUUUAUAUAAAUCGAUAUCAAAUAU